UCUGCAUUAAUUUCUUUGUCCUUCAAAGAUUUUUCAAGUACUAUCUAAUUGGAUAUACAUAUAUAGUUCAUGCAUAUAUACAUGAAAGUGAAAGAAAAAAGGUUCUUUCUCUCGUAUAGUUGAUAUAAGUAUGAUUUUCUUUAUAUAUAUUUACACACAUAUAUAUGUUGACGUACUUAUCUCCAUUUUGAUCUGAGACAAGAUAGUAUUUGUUUGCAUGCAGAUUUGAAGGGAAAUUUUCUUAAGUUUUUUUUUUUUUUUAUCUGAAACGAGACAAAGAAUCUUACUAUAAGCUAUUUUGUAGCCCUCGGCCUUUUCAAUGGAUAUUACUUCUGUCAAAAGUUUAUCUGAACUGGGAAUGAAUGACCCCAAUAUGAUUAACCGCCAUUGGCAUAUGAACUCUCUCGAUGAGUUCAGCAAUAGCAUGGUGUUACCAAUAGCAGCCUCACUUGGUGAGAAUCUGCAUCAUCUUCAUCCUCACCCUCAUUCAAACUCAAACUUCAGCCUUGUAAAAGCUUCUUCUUUCGAUAACAAUUCUCACAUGGGCAUCGAUUAUCGGGGCAUGAUGAAACAUCACAAACCAAAUGGUUGGAACUCAAACGAGAUUAUUAGUCAUUUUUCGAAUAACCCACCUCAACAAGUUGCUUCUUCUCCCAACCUUUAUUCCUUUGCAGCUGGUUCUAAUAACUAUGUUAUAGACGAAAUGGGUUAUGUUAGGCCUAAGGAGGAAGCAGUAGAUGGUUUGAAGAACAUCAACACUACUAGUGCUUUGCCUUCUGAUUAUGUACUCAAGGCUAAUCAGGUUGCUAAUAAGAGGUUCAACAACACAAGCACCAAACUUUCUCAAACCAAAGAUCAUAUUCUAGCGGAAAGGAAAAGGAGGGAGAAACUCAGCCAAAGGUUCAUAGCUUUAUCUGCCAUAGUUCCUGGACUAAAGAAGAUGGACAAGGCUUCUGUUCUUGGGGAUGCUAUCAAGUACAUGAAGCAGUUACAAGAAAGAGUGAAAACACUAGAGGAAGAGAUGAGAAAGAGAAACAUGGAAUCAGUAGUCUUUGUAAAGAAGUCCCAACUCUUUGCCGAUAAUGAUAAUAACUCAUCUUAUUCUUCAGAUGAGAAUUGUUCCUCAUUCGAUGAGCCACUACCAGAAAUUGAAGCAAGAGUUUGUGACAAGAAUGUACUAAUAAGAAUUCACUGUGAGAAAAAGAAAGGGGUUAUGGAGAAAACAAUUGCUGAGAUUGAAAAGCACCACCUAACAAUUAUCAACAGCAGUUGCAUGACAUUUGGAAGUUCUUCUGUUGAUUUGACCAUUAUAGCUCAGAUGAACAUGGAGUUCUCCAUUACAAUGAAGGAUCUAGUCAAGAAUCUACGCUUGGCUUUCAGCUUGUUCAUGUGAAAAAGCUUCUAACUUCACAAAGAUGAAGAGAAACCCAUAACUAAAGAAUAAUUACCUAUAUAUACAACCUAUCCAAGUUUAUUUCAAACUAUGUGUCUUCAAGGUCUGAAAUGAAGUGCUCGACCGUGUUAAACCAUCCAUAUUUCAAGCUUUUGUUUUGCUGUGAGAUUAUUCAUUUUUGCAAGCCUUUUCAGUUUCCUAUUUUUGCAUGGUCAACAGCUUGACCAUGUUCCAUUCACACCUUGCUCAUCAUAUAGAAUAAUCUCACAGCUUGGCUGAUCUUUUUUGAGGAAUGUUGUAAAAUCAAAAUACAACCGAACCCUUUUGUUCCCAUCACUUUUUCUUACCUUGGAAAGUGUUUGACAAGGGAGAAAAGAAAAGAAAAGAAAAAAGAUGGUUUUUUUUUGGUGUAAACAGAAUUAGGCCAUUGUUUGUCCAAUGUUUUAGAGGCUUCAGAGUAAAACUUGAUCUGUCCCCUCUUUUCAUAUGAUGUAAUGUUUUAUGUAUUUCUUGCUCUCAAUAAUAUUAAAAAAAAACUACUUAAAAUGUGACUUGUCUUAUUUU